CCGGAAGUUCAAAACAUCAAUCUCCAAAAUACUAAAUUCAACUUUAUUAGAGGAAUUACGUGAAUUUUAAGUUGCCUACCAUGUAGAUGCUACGUCUAGAACAAGAUGGUGAAAGUAGCAAUAUUGGGAUGUGGCCUAAUGGGCGUUAAGAUCGCAGGGGAAUUUGCCUAUCAUGGUCACAGGGUUAAGAUCCAUGAUAUCAACCUCAAUGCACUGAACACUGUCUAUGAGAGAUGUGAAUCUGAUAAGAAGGAGUUAAGAGAGGAGGGACUCCUGGCACAGAGAAAUUUCAUCGGUCAGAUCCUGUGCAUGAGUCGUCUUGAGGAGACGGUGAAUGAUGCUGAUAUUGUCAUAGAAGCUGUUGUAGAUGAUCUUGAUAUAAAACAAGAUCUAUUAGAGAGAGCAUCACAUUGUUGCACUGAUACAGCUAUUCUCUGUACCAACACACUUAACCUUGAUGUUGGGCAGGUCAUGGAGAGAGUUGCAUAUAAAGAGCGCACGCUUGGCCUCAGGUUUCUGUUUCCCGUGUUUUAUAUUCCUGAAGUUGAGGUGACACCUGAUAAAUUAACCAGUGCUGCAACCAUUGAGAAAGUGAGAAACCUGCUAGAGAAGAUGGGGAAAACGUUGUUCUUCAGGUCAGGAGGGGAACCAUUAAUAUUAACAGAGGAACAGCGAGAGCUGAGAAAACAAGCACGUUUUGAGCAAAUCAAAAGUUCUUCUGGACUAGGGCGGUUCUGGGAGAAUUCAAUACCAGGACUGGGCCAUAGAGGAAACCUGCCUUCUCCAUCAGAAGAGGAAAACUUGAGUAUUAACGACAAUGAACGCGAUUGUGCAAUCUGUAUGGAUCGACAACGAGACUGUCUUUUAUGUCCAUGCCAUCAUAUGGUCACUUGCUCUGAAUGUGCUAAACUUUUACUGAAUCGCCGAGAUGGCUGUCCAAUAUGUCGUAAGGAUAUCACAGAGAUCAUUAAAGUAUACCACUCCUAAGGGCAUUAUAUUGACUGUCAAAUACAUAUGUCUCAAAUAUAUCCAAUAUAUGUUUAAAAUCAGGACUUUCAAGGCUUACCUCUCUCGAGGAGAGUGAUGCAAUACCUGUAUGAAUUGUACAGAACAUUUACUAAAUCACUCCGAUGGUUCUCAGACAUGUCACAUUGAGUGGAUGCGACAAAAAUAAUUACACUCUCUCGAAAGUCACAAUCCGAGACAUCUUU